UUACCGCACAGCUCGACGUACAAACUUACGAUCCGCCGAGUCCGAUUCCGAUUCCGAUUCCGAGUCCCCGAGUCCGAGUCCGAGUCAAAGCCAAAGCCGAGCAACCCAGGCAACACACACAAUUUUUAAAUACAGCGCAGCGCAGAUUCGUCUCAGCGUGUAAUUACACUCUAUAAUAACAAAACAAAAGCUCCAACAAAAUCAUCAUGAAAUUCUUAGUCACCAUUGCUGCUCUGUGCCUGUGCCUGGCCUUUGCUGCCGGCCAGCAAUACUUUCUAGGACAAUUCCCCAGCCGAUCCCGCUUCGCUUUCGACACGCUCUCCUUGGCACAGCCCUCAGCUGCGCAGGUGCGCGAUCCCCGCCAGAAUCGAGGACCCGUCGUGUUCCCACCCUCGCCCCCAGACGCAAUUGAGGAGUCGAGCGGUGUUGUUGUUGGCGCCUCUGGUUUCGGUUUUGUGCCACCACAGCAAAGUAAUUCACUCAGACCGGUGGCAGCAGUGGCAGCGGCAGCUGGCGGCGUGGAUCCAACAUACUUCAGCACCACAUUUCAAACGCCCGACACAUCGUAUGCAACAUUCAACUAUUACAGCAGUCCAUACAAUACGCGAUACACAUACAUCUAAGGCGACGGGGAUGCCAGCCCAACAGUCGAGAGCGAGUUGGGAGUCGAGUCAUGUGUAAGUAGUCAGUUAAUGAGGCGCCUAGGCAAAAUAUCUAAAGAUGUUGUAAAUAAAUGUGUAAA